UGAUCUCUCCUCCUCACCGUCAUGUUGCUUUGCUUCGCCUCAGCCUUCUUAAAAGGCUGGGCGAGAGGCAGGUGACGACUGAGCUGCAAUUUCUCCUCCUAACUGUUAAAGAGUAAAUGGUACUGCAUCGCCGAUCUCAGCCAGUGGUGCCCUGACCAGAAGAAAUCCACAACUACCCUCUGAGAAUCAGGCCCCUUGGUGGAGUGAACUUCUAUCAUUGCUGGCUCAUUGACAGCUCCAACUGUCAUGGCAGCAUGGAGAACAUUCCUGCUGCUCCUCGGAGCAUGCAUGUUUCUCAGCACGUUGUCCUUUUACCUAUGGAACAUGCCCCAGGAAAGAAGAGAGAGUAUCCAGGACCUGAGAAAGCAGCUGAUAAGAGAAAGGUGUAAGGAAUUUCCUGAGAUGAAGGGGAGAUUAGAAGACAUAACGUCCGAUGAGCUGCUGGUGAAUGACAACCAUACCAUCAUCUACUGUUACAUUCCCAAGGUGGCGUGUACCAACUGGAAGAGGAUUAUGUAUGUCCUGAAACAGGGCAAGCCAUAUCCUGACCCCAACUCCAUAUCUUUUGACUUGGUCCACCAAUAUGGAGUGAUCCCUCUUCUAAAAUCCUUCCCAAAACCAGAGAGGAAGGCAAAGCUGAAGCACUACACAAAGUUCCUGGUUGUCCGGGACCCAUUUGUCCGUCUCAUCUCCGCCUACCGAGACAAGUUCCAGAGCAACAAUGACCACUUCUAUAAAUGGUAUUCCCGGGACAUUCUGCGCCUGUAUGGCAACCAGCCUAAUCCACCAAUGACAUUGGACGAGGCGAAUAAAGCCGGUUUGCACGUCUCGUUUUACAACUUUAUUCAGUACCUGGUGGACCCGCGGACAGCGAAGCCCUUUCAACAACACUGGAGGCCGAUGCACCAACUGUGCCACCUCUGCCAAAUAGAGUAUGAUUUUAUUGGCCAUCAGGAGACUCUUCAGCAGGAUGCUGAACAGCUGCUGAACUUCUUAAACCUGGAGGACGACAUUACGUUCCCUCCUUCCUAUAAAAACAUGACUAGCUCUGAUUCAGUGUUGGACUGGUUCAGCACAGUGCCCUUAAAGGAUCGGAGGAAGCUGUACAAGAUCUAUGAGGAAGACUUCAGACUUUUCGGCUACAGAAAGCCUGUCGAACUGCUUGAUGAUUGAGAUGAAGUCCUGACCUGGGCUCCACUCUUCCCCAAGCAGCCAGUGGGCAUAGAAACCACAAUUCUGGGCGACUGUAAAAACAUGGUAGUGCAACAUAGGGGACCCGCUCCCUAUGUAGAUAGAAACGGCUCAUUCUACGGUAACGAAAACACAACGACUCUUAUUACCAAGUGAUUAUACGCUGAAGAAAAUGUAGUUAUUAAUGUUAUAUCCCAUUUCAGUAAGACUUUACAACAAGGGUACAUUAAUUAACAUUAGUUAAUCAUUAGUAAGCCUUAAUUAACAGUAAAUUAACAGUAACUAACGUGUCUUAUAAACAUUUACUACUGAUCAUGGUAACCAAGGUAUUCAUUUAUACAUUAUUUACUGUUUGAAAGAACAUUAUUAGCUUUAGUUAAUACACUAGUAAGCAUUAACUAACAGUUAAGUGAUACAAUAAUAAGCAUUAAGUAACUGCUAAAACGUGUCUCUUGUUAACAUUUAUUAAGGGUUUACAUGCUAAUGAAUGUACUAACUAAUAUUAGUAAAUGGUUGAUAAAGAUGUUAAUUCACUGGUAUGUCAUGAAGUUCACAGCUUAUCCAUAAAACAGUUUGUUUUUGUAAUUGUUUAUUUAAGGGUUAUGAUUGUCCACUUACUUGUCCAUGCUGCAAUUUAUGACACAUUUUGGCACAGGUUGAGAUCAGUGGACACUCCAUGGUCUUUAUGUAGAGGUUUGCUUGUUCCUUUCUCUUCAUGUAGACGUUCCUUAACAUAUAGUCUAACCUUUAAAUUAUUGUGCAUGUUAUAUAAACAUUACUUAACCAUCAUUUCUGAUAUAUUAAUGUGAAAACAUGGGUCCCUUAAGUAACGCUUCUUAAAUGUACAAGAGGGCUGAUUAAGCGUUACUUAACCAUAAUUAACCAUGUACUAAUGCUCUAUGUGAGCCUUGUAAAUUUGAAACAAUCACACAGCUAUUAAACAUUAGUGAAACACUUCAAACUGUAAAUCAAUUCAUGACAACCAUCUGUUAUCAACCAGAUUCCAUAUUUCAAAAGAUGAAGACGUUACGCUACCUGUUAAAAUUAAAUGCAAUUAUUUAGAAAAUGUA